GAGUUUCGAGAAUAUUGCAGUUUUGCAUCGCUUUAAUGACCACGUGCAAUGUCGAGCUUUCCUAACCACUUUACGGGGAUCUGCACAAGAUUGGUUUCACCAACUACCAGCGGGAGCCAUCAAGGAUUUUGAAGGAUUCAGUGCGAGCUUUCUCAAUCAAUUUGCAAGUGUUAGGCCGCAGGAGAAAUCGUAUCUGACCUUAAUGGGCAUCCAGCAGAAGGAAGGUGAGUCGCUACGAGAUUAUGUGGCGAGAUAUACGCGAGCAUGUGUCGAGGUGCCUAGGGCGUCGGAGGAGAUAAAGGCGGGAGGUUUGACACGAGGGUUGCUACCGGGCUUGUGCAGGAAUUCUGUGGCAAAGCGCCCGGGUAGAACGUUCGACGAAGUGCUGGGGAGAUGCGCGAAGUAUAUGAAUGUCGAGAGGCGGAGAUUGAUUUCUCGCGAACGACUAAAGAGA